AUGUUCUACACCAUUAUCAUACCAACCUCCAAGAUGGACAUCAGGGGAUCGGCCGUACUUACGACCGGAUCCGGGAUCAUUUUCACUGGAGAGGAUUGUAUUGAAGUUUGCAAAGAUAUGUCGAUCAUCGCUAUGGAUCACAUCCCCUCAUUGCCUAGAUCCUAUAAAGGUAAUACUAAGCUGUUGAUCUUCGAAGACCUCUUCUCUGGAUAUACCUUGGCAGAAUCCUACGAGGAAUGUGUGUUCAGCCGAUUUGGUGCCACCGAGGUGAUCCGCCAUGAUCGUGAACCCGGAUUUAUAUCCGAUUUCUUUCGGGCGUUUAACAAGAUCCUGGAUCAGCGUCAAUGGGCAACAAUGGCAUAUAGACCUCAAGCGAACGGAUCCGCGGAAAGGAUGAUGCAGACCACCACAAAGGCACUCAAAAUGUAUGUUCAAGAUCUGGAUCAGAGAGAUUGGGACGAGUACACGGAGCGAGUUACCUUCGCGAUCAACACCGCUCGAGAUUGGAUCCGAGGAGAAGCACCGUUCUACAUGAUCCACACUGAUGGCGGUGAUCCCGAUGGGAAGUACAAGAAGACAGGAUCGGGACCCGCGGAGUUGACGAUAUCGGAUCCAGAGGCACUAUCAGCAGGCUCGAGAGCAAGUCAAUCAACGCUUGCGGGAGGCGAUCUCGGAUCGGGUGGAUCAUCACACGAUAUAAUUGGCGAGUACGCUGUGAAAUUCGAGACCGCCGGAUCCGUAAACAUCUUCCCAGUGGUUCACGUGUCAAAAUUCAAGCCUGUCAGGGAAUUUCCGGAUCGGCCGGUAAUACGUCUUACGACGCAGGAUCAGGACCGGCUGGAUUUCGACGAAGCACUUCUACCUGGGGAUAGCUAG